CGCUCGAGGCCAAGAAUAAAGAGCAGCAUAUCAAGACAGUGUCUAUCUUUUCCUCUUGCAAAUAUCACAGCAACAAAGAUAUAAUCAAACCGGCCAACAAACAUCUGGAAAAAUGAAAAUUAUUGAAGCACAGAACGCGGUUCUGACAAACUACGAAGUCUACACUCAUCUCAUUGAGUCCGAGUCUCGUUUCUCCGCGCGGCACAAAAAAGAGCAUAGACGGCCGCCCAAGAAUUAUCAGGCAGUGACCAAAGAUGUCGUCAACUACUGCGGGACUUACCCCAACCCUCUGAGCCAAAAACCGCUCACCUACACCAAGGACAGCCUCUCGCAGCUCCUCGGCAGACUGGCCGAGUUCGGCCUCGCCAAGGGUGAGGUUUUGAUGCUCGCCAACCUGCGCCCGACUGAGCUCCCGGGCUUGCACGUCUGCAUCGAGGAGAUUGCUGAGCGUUUCAACGAGGAGCAGCAGACGCAGAUCCUCGAGGCCGUCGUCGACGUUCUGGGCGCCUUCCCGGCCUCGGAGGAGCAGGCGGAGGAGUACGGCGAAGAAGAGGUGACCGAUUCGAUUGAGAACGGAAACGCCUCAUGACGUGAUGAUCAAGAUGCGAUUUAGUGAAACUGAGAAGGGGGGAAUUUAUUGGUUCGUGUCAGAAUGAACAUAUGCGAAAGGGUUUACGACAAAAAAAAAAAAAAAAAAAGAAACUACCCAAGUCACCAGCAGCACCACCCCUCCAUGCGUUCUACAUGACCGCACAUGCCCCUUCACUCUGCCCUCCCUCGGCCGUUGUGGUUUUGACGGCCGUGAGGUACAGAUCCUCGAAAGUCUCGCUCAAUAGCUCACCCGUCACCGCCGAGCACUCCAUGUACCGAUCCGCCCUCAUCUCCUGCGACACCCGAUAUCCUUCCUGCGGGUAGAUGAUGCCGUUCGGGUCAUCCUCAGACCUCAGGUCUCUCUUGAGACCCAGGACUGCGAUGGGAAUCGAGUCGCCGGCUGGGAAUGUCUGGCGUACUUCUUUGAUCCACUGUUGUUGUUUUUUUCACGUCGCGACGUGGGAAAAUUGCGGGCUAAUGUGUGAGCCUCUGUCUCAUGGAUGGACGGGUACGGGGUGGUUCUCGGGGGGAUUGCUGUUGGGCAACUCGACUCACAACUCUCUGCAUGUUUAUGAGGCUGAGGCGUCGGCUUAUAUCAUAACAUAUCACGAUGAAAUCUGGCUGAAGAAGGCGCCAAUUUGUGGGACCAGAAGUGUCAUGGAACUCGAUGCGGUAGACCCCUUUUCUGGACCGCAGUUCAAAGAAGAAUGGCUGGUCCGAGUCGCGCAAAAGCGUGAUCUCUGCUCGUCCGGUCAACCUUUCUUUGCCCUGGGCUACACGACUACGGAGAUUGGCGUAAAUUUUUGUAUUUUGUUUCUUGUUAGAAAAAAGAUGUUUGGAUUUUUACCCCCAGACGUUCGAAAAUAGUGC